GGUGAUUACCCACCGCUAGCGGAGGGAAGAGGGCCGAGCCUCGAAGCUACAGGGGAACUUGAAGAGAGCAGGGGGAGGAGGAGAAGGAUUGAUAUAACAAGAGCGGCUGUCGAGUUUUCACUCACUCACCAGACCGAUAAAGGGGAGCGGGCUUUCCAUUCAUUUAGAGCGCAGGCAACUUUGCUUUCUUGAGUUCGUGGCGCGGGUCCGUUCACCACAACAAACUUACCUAUUUUUAUUAUUAUUAUUAUUAUAACUUUUGAAGUUUUCUUCGUAAACGUCAAACAAGACAUCAGCAUAUCAGAAACUGUGAGAGGCGUCCGAGGUGGGAAGUUUGUUUCCUUCCUUUGAACUGCAUGACAUUUGAAGGACUUGAGAACCUGACAGAGUUUCUUCACCUACCGCGUGGUGUGGGAUUUUUGAGCCGAAACGGGGAGUUCUCAAAUGCAAAAGUACAUGUAUGAGAAAGCAAUGGCACAAGAAACAAGGAACGGAGGAACCUCUACGUUAAAUAACAACAAUGGUGUUGACAACUGCAAGAAGAAGCUGCUCAUUGCGCUCGACGUCUUCUGUCUUCUACUCGCCAUGCUGCCGACCCUGGCUCUGCACCGUACUUCUAUUCGCCCGUACCAGAGGGGUCUUUACUGCAAUGACUCCAGCCUGAAGUACCCCUACAAGAACAGCACCGUGCCCUCCUCAGUGCUCAUUUCUGUCGGCUUGACACUGCCCGCGGUGUCCAUUGUGAUUGGAGAAUGCUUCAGGAUUCACCAGCUACAUGAGGGAACCAAGUCAUUUGUGGGGAAUCCCUACGUGGCCGCUCUCUACAAACAGAUGGGCGUGUUUCUGUUCGGCUGUGCCGUCAGCCAGUCGUUCACAGAUAUCGCCAAGGUGUCGGUGGGUCGCAUGAGACCACACUUCUUAGAUGUGUGCAGACCAGAUUUUGCCACCAUCAACUGCUCACUGGGAUACAUCACCAACUAUACCUGCACCGGCAGAGAGAGCGACGUACAAGAGGCCAGGAAAUCUUUCUUCUCAGGACAUGCCUCCUUUUCGAUGUUUACCAUGCUCUACCUGGCUUUCUAUCUCCAGUCUAGGUUCACAUGGCGUGGUGCUCGUCUCCUCCGCCCGUUGCUCCAGUUCACCUUGCUGAUGAUGGCCUUCUACACCGGCCUGUCGCGCGUCUCCGACCACAAGCACCACCCGACCGAUGUCCUGGCAGGCUUUGUGCAGGGAGCCCUGGUGGCCUACUGCAUAGUGUUCUACGUGUCCGACCUGUUCAAGCCCAGGGCGAAGCCGGCCACGCCCCCGCCCUCCCCGAUCAAGAAGGAACUCCUGCCUUCCGGCGAUAUCAUCGACAGGAACAACCACCACAACAUGGUGUGAGACAGGCCACACCGCCUUCCUGUGACUGAGGAGCCAAACGCAGUGCUGCUCACCUCCCAUCGGACAGUAGAAUGUAGCGACAAGAGACUGUAGCUGCAUCUUAAAUGGCAUCCUCCUCCCUUUUGCUGUGCCCAGCGAGGCACUCUGUGGACUAGGGUGUCAGAUUUGAGAUUUGCACAGCAGAGUCCACUCUCACUAUCCACAUGUAUUAUUUACUACACUGUUAACUACUUAUCCACAUUUGAGCCCAUCUUUUUGAGCACAAGCAAAAACAAAUUGGAAGCUAAAAGACGAGCAAUUAAUCAAGCAAUUGAUGACCUGACAGGCAGAGCUGAGGGUGUGGAGGUUUGACGGAAGUGUAACCACAUGAAGAAAAAAUGAAGAGACGAAUAUUAUAUACGAAUAUAUAUUAAAAAAAAAAAGGCAACCCCCCGCCCUGCCUAGGGAGAGAAGGAUAUCCAGCAAUGCUUCCUCUCUGAACUCUCUGUGGCCUUGGAACACCGUAGAACAACAACUUCCUUAGCGAUGGGAAGGAUAUUACUGCAAUGACUUGCAGCAUAGAAACAUUAACAGGAUAGAUAAUUAUAACUUAUAGCACUGUUCUAACUUCAUUGUCCAUUAUCACCACUUGCUGCCUGAGACGUCUGGCCAGAAAAAACUUGAUCAUGCUGAUAUGAGACAGAUAUUAACCAAUCCCGGUGUGAUAGUGUUGCACGAUUUACCUACACGGGCAAGAUAACAUUAGCAGAGCAAAGCUUCCACAACAACUAUAGCCCUGUAACCAUACACUUAUCUUGUUAGGCCUAUAUUACAGUUUACAGUACUCUGAAGGUCUGGAAAGCCAAGGCCGACAUUACACGCUUCUGUCUCCAGAUCAGCACGUCAAGCUUUUUGUAGUUGACUCUCAGAGCGGCCCAAACCCGGGAUGUUGCAUUUCUUGAGAGUUAGAUGUAGUGAAGGGGGUAUAAAUUCUGUGGAAGGAGGGAGGCAGACCCCACAGCCUCCCAGCACCUGUGUGAGGGGCGUGGCUGCGCCAUGCUUCUUCCUGGUGUUGGUGCCGCCUGUCUCGCUCCCUGAACAGGGAGGGGGCAGGUGGAUGGAGUGAAAGGGUGCAGUCUGUCACCACGGAAAAGAGGGUGAUGAUUUACAGCUAAGCUGGCACAUUAUUUCGGGAAGAUUUGAGCUCCUUCCGCUGGCAGGGAGGAGCUCUCACCCACCCAAUCACUCAUUGGCAAUGGUUUGUCUCUCAGUGUGUGUGUGUGUGUGUGUGUGUGUGUGUGUAUGUGUUGUGUACAAUCACGUGCUUGCGUGGUUGCGUGUGUGCACAUGUAUGAGCCCUGUGCCCUGUGAAAAGAAACCCCCUCUUGAUAAACUAUGUGUGUGUCAUAUGAAACUCACACACCGUCAGCUGUGCCAAGUGUAUGUGUGCGUGUGCGUCAGAGAGUGAGAGAGUUAUAAAAACUGUGGAUCUAAUAUUUUUAUUUUCUGCUAAGGAGCAUCUUUAACCUUGUAUGUUUAUAGCCUGUCCCAUAUAAUCACUAAUAGUUGUACAGUACCAGAUACAGAAGUCCUUUUAUUUACAGCCGACUCAGAUAUCCGCCUCCUCUGACAACACACACCGCCAUGUUGCACAUCUUUCUCAUCGUGCAGUCCGUCCUAUCAUUUCGCAAAGCCGUUCUCACUCUCUUUUUAUAAAUAUAUAAAUAAUGUAUAGAUCACUAAAAUUAACUCUGUAAGAUAUUGUUUCUUAACAUGUUUAGAUAUAUCCACUAUGAUUACAGACCUGUGUUCUUUAAAAGUGCUGCUUAAAAAGCAUCAAUUGACAGAUCUUUGUAUCUAGAUAACAGAACUAUUGUAGAUUGUAAUAGUUUGUAAUAUGCAUUGAAAAAAUACACCCACCAAUGUAUUAAAAUACAAUAUUAGUAUUUUUGUAUUGUCUUGUUUUUUUGUACAAAAGAAAUGGUAGUAAUGCUGUUUUGUUUUGUUUGUCUUUUUUGCUAAAUGUAAUUAGCUCCAUUACAUGUGCUUUUAAAUAAAAAGCUCAUUAUGAACACA